AUGCCCUCGGAGGUACUCAGCUUCUACAAUCCGACCGUCAAGACCGUCCAGGGUGCCAACAGCAAGACUUUCACACACCCCGGACUCUACUCCUCCCUCACCGUCCCCGAACUCUUCGAAUUCCAGGCGAAACACAGUCCAGAGCACCCCGUAUACGUCUACGCCGACGACGAGCAACAAGAACACAUCCUCCGCUUCCCCGAUGUGUACCGGGGCAUCCGUAAGGCCGCGACCAUCGUGUCCGUAGACUACACACGUCUUGCCGACUACUACGAGCAGGCCCAGGCGGGAAAGAGUCCCAAUGAACCUCCGGUCAUCGGCAUCCUGGCCACCGCAGACUCCAUCUCCUUCGGCACGCUCAAGCUCGGGAUGAUGUACCUCGGCCUCACACCCUUCCCGAUCUCGACCCGGAACUCGGCCCUCGCCAUCGCACAUCUCGCAGCGAAGACGGGCGUCCGGCAGAUGUAUGUAAGCGCAGACCCGGCCAUGCAGCGUCUGGCGGUGGACGCGAACGCCGCCCUCGACCGUGACGGCCGUGCACCGUUCGAGGUGCUGCCCAUGCCCGACUUCGAGCACAUGUACGGGCCCGGGGGCGACGACGCGCUCCCAGGAAGGGUGUGCUUGAUCGUGCACUCUUCAGGUUCGACCGCAUUCCCAAAGCCCAUCAAGCUUCUCGAUAAGAAUUUCAAACAGUGGGGAGCAGCGACGAGUGAGCUAUGGGAGGUGGACUUCUGCGGAGUUCGCGUUGGGAUGCAGGGCACCCCUAUGUUUCAUCUAUUCUCUGGCAUUACCUGGGCUUUGUUCAAGCCGUGCUCGCCGCCAAUCAUCCCGACACCCGAGGCCUUCUUGGAAUCGGUGAUAGCGACGAAAUGUCAGAUACUAUACUGUGUGCCAUCGUUCGUCGAGGCUUGGGCCAGAAACCCGGAAAAUAUCCCCAAGAUCAAGACGCUGAAGGCAAUCAUCUACGCGGGAGCUCCGAUGAACAAGCAGAUCGGAGAUAUGCUUUCUUCGGAGGGUGUCGGCCUCAUACCCUUCUACGGCUUAGCUUGGGCCGUUGUUAUGCUCAUUCAGAACCCGGAUACCAUGGAUAAGACCACAUGGGAUUACUUCAUGAUUGCUCCUCAGCUCGAUGUACGCCUUGUGCCACAGGAAGGCAGACCGGGAUUUAUGAGCCCAUCGGUGUCGUGCGUCCCAUUUCGCCUCCCUCAGUUGUGGUGUCAUGUGUCCUUACACCGUCUAGGACUCUCCCACUUUCACUCCAAAUGUUUUCAACACGGUGCUCGACGGUGUGCCGCUUACGCAACCAGCGACCUGAUCGAGCAACAUCCUACGAAGCCUCACUUGUUCAGGGUUUAUGGCCGCGCCGAUGACCAACUCAUGCUCUCAACGGGGGAAAAGACGAACCCAGCGCCGCUCGAGGGCAUUUUGGUGCAGGAUCCCGAGGUCUUCGCGUGCCUCAUGUUUGGGCGGGGCCGCUUCCAGAACGGGGCUGCGCUGGAAGAGUACCGCAGUUUGGUCUGGAAUUCCAUCGAGAAGAUGAACGCCUACGCCCCCUCGCAUUCUCGCGUCUUCAAGGAGAUGAUCAUCGUCACACAUCCCGACAAGCCCCUCGAGUUCACUGCGAAAGGCACCCCGCGCCGCCAAGUCUGCAUCAAUGCCUACGACGCCGAGAUCGAAGCGCUCUACAAACGCGUCGAGGAGUCGUCCCAGGUCGAACUGCCCGCGCCGCUUCACUGGUCCCCUGACGCGACGGUCGCGUACGUCAGGGGACUCGCCCGCAAGGUCCUCGACAACCCGAAGCUCGGGGACGACGACGACCUCUUCCAGAACGGCUGCGACAGCCUGCAGGCGACGUGGAUCCGCAACACGAUCACCCACUCGCUCCGCGCGGCGUCGAGCGUGAACGUGCACGACAUCCCACAGAGCUUCGUCUACGCGCACCCGACGAUCGCCGGGCUGGCGACGUUCGUCGCAGGCCUCGUUUUGGGCGUGGAGGCGGAUGCGGACGCGGAGAAGGCGAAGCACAUCGCGCGCAUGCGUGCGAUGCUUGAGAAGUAUGGCGUGCAGAUGGAGCGCAAGUUCCCGCUGGAUUUGAAGGCGACCAACGGAUAUGCUAACGGGCACGCCAACGGACACGCCAACGGACACACCAACGGGCACACCAACGGGCACACCAACGGACACACCAACGGACAUGCCGCUACCGAGACGGUUAUCGUCACAGGCACCACCGGACGACUCGGCUCUCAUCUUCUGUCCCAAAUUCUCGCGCGUCCGGAUGUUGCGCAUAUUUACGCUCUCAACCGCGACCCCUCUGGGUCCGUGGAUAAAAUCAAGGCGCGGUCAAGGGAAGCGUUCAAGCAAUGGUCUCUUGAUGAGUCGCUUCUCUCGGGCGACAAGGUCACGUUCUACGCCUGCGAUCUUUCUAAACCAACCUUUGGGCUGAGCUCUGAGGCAUACGAGGAGAUGCGAAGUACGGUGACGCAAAUUAUCCACAACGCAUGGCGCGUCGACUUCAACAUCUCCCUACCCUCCUUUGAGCCUCUGAUCGCGGGUUCGCGGCGCUUGUUUGACCUUGCAAUGACCUCUCCUCUCCCUGGUGGCCCUCGCCUGCUCUUUGUCAGCUCCGUCUCUUCCAUGCGUAACCACCGCGGUUCCGAGCCAGCGGAAGAAUCCAUUGAUACCCCUCCAGAAAUGGCCUACGGCUCAGGAUAUCCCGAGAGCAAGUGGGUCACCGAGCAGCUUCUCAGACGCGCAUCGCAACACACAGGGCUUCGGACCACCGUCGUUCGCGUCGGUCAAGUGAGCGGGGACCAGCACACCGGUGGAUGGAACGCCUCGGAGUGGGUCGCCGCGAUCAUGCGGGUAAGCCAGCGCCUCGGGUGCGCCCCAUCGAAGGAAGAGCCUUUGACGUGGGUCGCCGUCGAUGUUGUAGCCGCCGCCCUCCAAGAACUCGUUACAAGCGGAGAGCCCGCCCUCCACCUCGUCGCGCCUUCCCCCGUGCCCUGGGAUGCGAUAUUCGGUCCCAUGGCCGAGCGGCUGGGACUCCCCACUGUCCCCUGGGAUGUAUGGCUGACGCGCCUCGACGCCUCCGCGGCGGCUGCGAAUGCCGAUGUAGGUAUGACCGACCACGACUCGGCGUAUAACCUCAUGGAGUUCUUCAAGAGCGAGGGCAUGGGCGGAGCCACGGUCCCGCUGAGCACGGAGAAGGCUGUUAAGGCGUCGAAGGCGCUUAGAGAAGCCAGGCUGCUGAACCGGGAGGACGCGGUGCGGUAUGUGGAGUUCUGGGGGAAGGCGGGACAUCUCAAACUCCCGGCGUGA